CCACGUGGGACUUAGGUGGAAGCUCGGAAUUUCAAGUGUCGUGUAAUUUUCAGAACGGUUGCAUUUCGGUGAAAUUAUUGUUUACCGUCUUCGGUGAUAAAUUAUUUGUGUAUUUUUUUCGGACAUUUUUUUCUCGGCUCGUUUCGCUGUGGCUUUAUCGGCAGUCAACUUGAACCGAAUGGGUUAAAUUGUGAGUAGAGUGAAGGGUAAUCCCUGGUGACCGGUCAAGUGUCACCACCGUUCCGGGCUCGAGUAUGUAGGUCAUGAUUGACCUGGCGAGCUUUUUGCGCGGAAAAAUGUUUUGUGAUGGCCUCUAGUGAGUCUCAGGCUCGUCUGACGCAAACGGAGCCGGCCAAAUGGAUCGUGGUCUACAAGAAUGGCGACCAACACUUUGCCGGCCGUCGGAUGGUCGUCAAACCGCGAGAGAUCAAAACAUUCGACAGCCUGCUAGAGGAGGUGACACUGAAGCUGAGCCCCAGCUUCGGCGCCGUGCGUAACAUCUUCACACCGGAGGGUGGCACCCGUGUGUCCAGCCUGACCGACCUGAAGCCGAACGGAAAGUAUGUGGCGUCACCGAACGAACCGUUCCGGCAACUGUCCAGGACCAGGUACGGGGAGCUCCCGGUACAGAGUACCAGUACCAGCCACAGCCACGUCUCCCUUCAGCCGGUCAAAGACAAGCAGGUGGGCUCGACGGGCGGCCGUCGCCACCACGGCGUGCCGUCCCGGUACCGCGACUCGGGCUCCGACGAGCUCACCAUUCACGUGUUCCGGAACGGAGACGCGUUCUCGGCGGCCAGCGCGGUGCGCGUGGACCGCCUGGCGCGCACCCACUGGCAGCAGACGCUGGAGAGGCUCGGAGAGAAGCUGCGCAUCGGACGGGGAGUGCACAAGCUGUACAACCUGAAGGGUCAGCUGGUGCGGGACCCUGCCGCCGAUCUGGAACACAACGGCCUGUACGUGGCGGCGGCAGAUAACGAGAGCUUCCGACUGGUCAACUACGGAGCGGCAAGGGAGCCGUUCAGGAGCGUGACGAGGGGCGAUAGCCGCUCCACCACGCCCCGCCUGCCGUGUCCCCACCAGCGGGUGGCCGAGUCGGCGCCCACCGUCUGCGCCGCUGACUCCUCGGCGUCCCGCCUGGCGGCGCCACAGUCGAGCUCGUCUCCGCCGCGCCGCGCCCCGCUGCCGCCGCUGCGCGUCUCGUACCCGCAGCUGGCGCGCCGCUACACCCAGCUCAGGGAGAAGUACGCCCAGAAGGGCCACCAGCAGAAGGCGACGGCGGAGGAGCAGGAGGCCGCCAGGAAAUACCACUCGCUGCACCAACCUCCACACCACCGUCCCCACGUCCAGCGGAAGUUCCCCAAGCCGCCGCCGCGCCGCGUUGAAGUCGCGCCUAUAGAUGUCGCCCCGGGCGAGGCGCCGCCGCCCGUUGAGUCGGACGGCCCGUUCAGCUCCAGUAGUUCGAACACAGACCUGGACGAGAGCCCCCUGAUGGAUGUCGUCUAUCCGGAGCUCUCUCAGCCGGAGAUCCAGGCUCCGGAGAGGCCGGAGCCAUUCUUCCUGCAUCCUCUGCCGGAGUCUGGAGAGGCGGACACGAACGGUUGCCGCUCCUGGGAGCCGGAGAACAUAGCGCAGGUGAUGGAUUCGACGCUAACUGACGGCGCUGAGCAGUGGCACGACGGAGAGUACGAACACGAGGCGGACGUGUUCAUCAUGACUGACUCGCCGGUCUCCCCUGCUCCGUCCGAACUGGCUGUCUCCCACAGCGCCCCUCACCUGAGCCGCGGUCCGUCCCGGGCCGACAGCGGUGACGGCACCCCGUCCCCCUCGGAGCCGAGACCGACCCGCUCCCAGCUGCACCGUCCGGGCGGCGCGGGCUUCUACAGCCCGGGCUACUCACCGCUGCCGGAGCCGCGCCGACCGGGCCGCGCCGCCACCCCGCAUACACCGUCCUCCAGUCCGGUGGAGGCCUCCGGUCAGCGGGCGGGCCGGCUGGCGGCCGGCGGAGGAUCACCGGCCGUCAGCCGGGCCGCCAGCGAGCCGCGGCUGGAGUCCGCACUCGGCCGGACAGAGUCGGAGUCCUCCGUGUGUGAGAUAGUGCUGGUGGAAGAUGAGACUGGUGAGCUGCGCUGUGUGUCUGUGCUCAGUAGAGCGGCCAGUUUUCCCGAGCUGGCGUCCCCACGCUCGCCCGAGUUUGCGCCGGUGGAGCUGCAGCAUUUGGUGCCGAGGGACACGGUGUAUGCGCCGGUAUCCCGUGGAGAGUCGCCGGUAGAGGUGGACGGUAGAGCGACCCCCGUGCCGACCGAUUUCGAGGACGGCGGGUCGGUUACCCCGACAGCUGGAGUUGGAGACGGGUUCAGGAGUCAGACUGAAUCCGAACAUUCCCUGUUACUGGUGGGACAGGAGUCUUCGUCAUCGCAGGCUGUAACUGAAAAGGAAGCGACAUCACCUUUGAAGGAUUGCAUCUCACCAGGCAGGGAUGUUAUGUCUCCCCACCCACCCAGCACCUGUGAGGACGUCCUGCCGCCCUGCUAUGAGGAUCACAUAUCUCCUACACCGGAACACCAGCCACCCUCUGCGACAGCUCGCCACUCGGCCAAGCUGACGGCGUCCUGUCGUCAGUCUCCGGUCACCCCGGAGCUGCGCCGGCCGCUGCUGUCCCGUCCCGUCCUCAGGGACCUGGAGCUGCCCCACCGCGACUCACAGACGUCGGUGGGAGUUCAGUCGACGUCCGACGCCGUGCCCACAGUGGCUCAGUCGCUGCCGGGAGUCGGGAUGGAGAGAUCGUAUCCAAACCUGUCUCCCAAAGCGGCGUCAGUGGAUCAGAUGUCUAACAGCAGAGCGAUGCGCACAACUCACUCACAGACGGAUAAACCACACCGCAGAACUGUGGGAGUGAGACAGGGCAGACCCAAGCGGCCAGCACCGCGCCCUCCAGCGACUUCUUCGUUAGAGGUUCAGCUUAGUGAGACGCCAGAGCAUGCUGCAGAACACCCUGUAUCAGCUAAACGCACUUCAGAUCAUGAUGAUUUGAUGCCAUCGUUAACUCGUUCAUCCUCAGAGAAAAAUCCAGAGUUGGCAUCAUCAUCAAAAGGAACCACCUCGAGUCACACGCCCACUGAAGACGUGAGCGACCGGUCGCCCCUUCCUUCCUCCUCGGCCGCUGAGGGAGAUCCCCUCCCCUCCCCUCCACCUGUGUCUCUGGAGGAGGGACCCGCGCCGCGGCCUCUGCCCUCGCCCCGCCGGCGGCGCUCUGUCUCUGAGAGCAGCCCUCUCUCGUGGUCCGGCCCGGCGGCCAGCUCCGGCUGGGUGUGGGACGAAGUGCCCGCGCGGCCGGCGGACCGGGCGGCUCUGGCGGCCCGCGCUCCGCCCCCACUGCCGCAGGUGGAGACGCAGGGACCCACGGCGCCAGAAACGGCGGCAGAAGAGGCUACGUCGGAGAUAUCUGAUUCGAGGGAUAAAAUAAUAGAAGCAGGAGAGCAGAGGUCGCUUGGUGAGAAGGGAGAUGGAGAGGACAGCAGGGAGAUGGCGUCACCUCCGCCGGAGCUGGAGGAAGAGGAGGAGCUCCCCAGUCAGCCGGUCUGGCCUCCAACCCGAACCAACACGCCGGGACAGACGGAGGACUCCACUCCGGUACCUGAGGAGGGUCCUCACUCACCAACGGAGGUCCCUGAUUCACCAGAGGGAGUGGAACUGACACACGAAACUGAUCCAGAAACACCCGUGCCGCGAUCAGCGACCGCCACCCUAUCGAGAAGAGACACGGAGCCAGCGGCGACGGAGAGAGCUGCGGAGGCGGGGAGAGUCCCGGAGGCGAGCAGAGCUCCGGAAGCGGUGCCGGCCGACAUUGGUCAGAAGCUGGACGAGAUCGCCUCGCUCCUGCGGACGCUGCUGAUGCAGAACAUGUCUGCCGGCCGGGCGGCCGACGGCGGCGGCGCGGCGCCCUCGCUCGGCGGACUGACUGAGGAGCAGUUGAGGACGCUGCUUCAGCCCGUGGUGGACCAGCAGGGGACCGGAGACAGUCCGCCGCACAAACCACGCUGAAUAGUGGAGACGGGGACGGUGAAUACAUCAUAGCAGCGCCCGGGCCGUUCCAUCGCAGGAUGGUCUCAGUCGGAGCUCAGCCUGCCGCGGAUCCCGGCCACCAGCCGCCGCGCCCGGCAGAAGCCAGCCGCCGGCGGUGACCGGUCGAGGUCGCGCGGGGUCUCCCUGCCGCCGGCCGUGCCGACCUCCCGCUCCCGAGCCUCACUGCGCCGGCAGUCGUCCACUGGGGCUCGGGAGCGCCGGCGGACGGCGGCGGAAAGAGAGGAGGACAGGAGAGAGCAGGAGGAAAGGAGGGAGGAGGAGGAGGAGAGGAGAGAGGAGGAGGAAGACAGAGAGAGGGAGGAGGACACGAGAGAGGAGGAGGAGGAGAGGAGAGAGGAAGAGGAGGAGGAGGACGGGGAGAGGGAGGAGAGGCCGGGAGUCAGGGUGGACUCGGCGUAUGGUUCGGACGCCGCCAGCCCGCCCGUCAACAGGUUCCGUCUCACAGAGUCCGAGUACCUCAAACCAAAGGAGACUCCCCGUGAGGUGGUGCGCGUGGACCUGGACAGCGACGCCGGUGGCAUAUACCGGCACCACAGCACCUCAGAGGAGCAGGCCGACGAGCCGCCCGAGGCGCCCGACCUGGAUACAGAGGUGCCGCUCGACCUGCGGCCCGCCACACAGGUCAACGAGGAGCUUAUCGUAACCCACUGACGGCUGGCCGGGGAGGAAUCAGGAGCGAGACUUCACUCACCGAUAUACGGCGGUGUCCAGUUUGCGUACAAAUUACCGUGUGUGACUACGUUUCGGAUUGUAACUCGUUCUAUCGAAAUGUUUUGUGUGUACCUACCUAAUACAUGGAUCCCUGGUGUGCA